AACUCUUGCUGGCUCACCUGUUUAACUUGUGACCACUAAAUUAAAUGGCCACAAAACAAAAGCAACUGAAACUCUAUCAUGGAACUAACUAUUCACAACGAUGGCGGCACUUCUACCCCUUCACUCUCACUUUCUUCAUCAUAAAACCAGUGAUCCAAAGUUAAGCCAAUACUAUUUAACAAAACCCCCUAAAACAAUCAAAUCAACUUCUCUAACAAUCGCCUGUAUCCGGAAGGAAGAAGUAGUCAUCAUCGGAGCUGGAAUCGCCGGCCUCUCCACCGCAGUUUCCCUGCACAGACUGGGGGUUCCAUCGCUGGUGCUGGAGCAGGCGGAAUCGUUGCGGACCGGUGGAACCUCAUUGACGCUAUUUAAGAAUGGUUGGAAGGUUCUGGAUACAAUGGGAGUUGGUGAUGAACUCAGAUCACAGUACCUUGAGAUUCAAGGGAUGGUGAUAAAAACCGAGAUUGGAAGAGAGCUACGCUCGUUCACGUUCAAAGAAGAAGAUCAAACUCAAGAGGUUCGUGCAGUUGAACGAAGAAGGCUUCUGGAGACUCUUGCCAAACAAUUACCUGUUGAUUCAAUCUGUUUCUCCUCAAAGUUGGCAAAGAUUAAAGUAGAUAAAGAUGGUGAAACGCUGCUAGAACUUUCUAAUGGUACCCGGAUAUCAUCAAAGGUGGUCAUUGGAUGCGAUGGAAUUCGUUCUUCGGUUGCUAAAUGGAUGGGGUUUUCAGAGCCUAAAUAUGUGGGAUAUUGUGCUUUUCGUGGCCUUGCAGAUUAUGCUAAUGGACAGCCGUUUGGGCCACGAGUAAAUUACAUUUACGGAAAAGGCAUACGUGCUGGUUAUGUUCCAGUUUCGCCAACUAAGGUUUAUUGGUUUGUUUGCUUCAAUAGCCCUUCACCAGGUCCAAAGAUUACCGAUCCACUGGUGUUGAAGAAUCAAACCAAGGAACUAAUCAAGAAAUGGCCCUCUGAGCUGCAAAACAUAGUUGAUGCCACCCCGGACGACACAAUCAUCCGGACCCCACUAGUCGACAGGUGGUUGUGGCCAGGCUUUAGCCCACCAGCAUCACUGGGUGGAGCCGUGCUGGUUGGUGAUGCAUGGCACCCAAUGACUCCUAAUCUAGGUCAAGGGGCUUGUUGUGCCUUAGAAGAUGCUGUUGUUUUAGUGCAAAAGCUCGCGCCUGCUCUAAAGGUGGGACCAAUGGCCAUUGAGGAUGCACUAAGGUCAUACCAAAACGAGAGAUGGCCACGAAUCUUUCCAAUGGCGGUACGCGCUAAUGUGAUUGGAGCUGUUUUGCAGUUGGAGAACCCUUUGGUUUGUGCAGUUAGGGACAAUGUGCUAGUCCCUAAACUGAUUAGGCUCGGACCGAUGUUGGAACACACCAACUUCGAGUUUGACCCGCUACCACAAACUAGAGUUUAACAAACGAGACAGUAAAGUUAUUUAAAAAAAAAAAAAAAAACUUAAGAUUCCAUUCGAGAUAAAUCUUGUUGUUUGUUCUUGCAUAUCUGUAAUGAAAAUGUUAACGAGUAUUUAUAAGAACUAAAUUAAUUUUAA